AUUGACCCUUUUGCUUUCGUCAAAUGCAUUUUAUGGAAUUCAUAGUUGACAUGACCUAAAGCUGCCACAAAACCACACAUUUACCUGAACUGUACGUUCAAUAAUAUCUUCCAAAACGGCUUUGUUUCAAAAGCUUUCAUUGUUGAAAGUCCAAGCGGUGUCUCUCCCGGUCUGUUCUGCUAACUUGUUGAAUGUAUCGAAAGUGACAGUGUAAUUCGUGCCACAUCGGACUGUGUCGUGAGGAGGUGGAGGCUUGAUGACACCAUCAGGCAUAGAAAGAAGCGCAUACAUAUACACUUUGAGCAAGGAGGCUUCAGAAAAACGCAGCGUGCUCUUUGAUCUGCACUCAUCGACAAACACACACACACAAAAUAAAAAUAAAAUCAAAAAGUCAGGGUGUAGACGGCACAGUAAUCCUGCCCUCCCCACCGAACAGACGAUAGUAGCCUCUCUCUCUCGUUGUCUCUCUCUCCAUCCAUCGAGCAGCCUGGAUGCGCUCUGCUCCUCGGCGAAGGAUCCUCGAUCCGUCCGCAGAGGAGGUGCUGCCCGCCGCUUCUUUUUGCUGAAUGGACCGCCGUCUCGGCGCUUUCGUCCCGGCUCGGAUUUGACGCCUAUCCACUUUUUGACGAUGUCAGCUGAUUUUGUGGAACCCUGAAGGCGAGGAGCACUUCUUCCAAGACUCACCAUGGCUACGGGAGUCGCCGCGUGGCUCCCCUUCGCCCGGGCGGCCGCCAUCGGCUGGAUGCCCGUUGCCAGCUGCCCCAUGCCGGUGGCGCCACGAGACCACCGUCGCCGACAGGACGAGCUCAUCAUCCUCAACGUCAGCGGCCGUCGAUUCCAAACCUGGAGGACCACUCUGGACCGGUACCCGGAUACCUUGCUUGGCAGCUCAGAGAAGGACUUCUUCUAUAAUGAGGAAACCAAGGAGUACUUCUUUGACCGAGACCCAGACGCCUUCCGGAGCAUCCUAAACUUCUACCGAACUGGGAAGCUCCACUUCCCGCGGCACGAGUGCAUCUCCGCCUAUGACGAGGAGCUGACCUUCUUCGGCAUCAUCCCGGAGAUUAUCGGCGACUGCUGCUACGAAGAGUACAAAGACCGGAAGCGAGAGAACCUGGAGCGGCUUCAAGAUGACCAGGAGGAAAACAAAGAUGUUAAGCUACCCCACAUGAGCUUCAGACAGACCAUGUGGCGGGCGUUUGAGAACCCUCAUACCUCCACCAUGGCGCUGGUGUUCUACUACGUCACUGGCUUCUUCAUCGCCAUCUCUGUCAUUACCAAUGUGGUGGAGACGGUGCCGUGUGGCUCCACCCCUACUCAGAAAGACAUGCCGUGCGGCGAACGCUAUACGGUAGCGUUCUUCUGCAUGGACACGGCUUGUGUCAUGAUCUUCACAGUGGAGUACCUGCUGCGCUUGUUUGCCGCGCCGAGCCGCUAUCGCUUCAUGCGAUCUGUGAUGAGCAUCAUCGACGUGGUGGCCAUCCUCCCGUAUUACAUUGGCCUGGUGAUGACCGACAACGAGGACGUGAGCGGUGCCUUUGUUACGCUGCGGGUCUUCCGCGUCUUUCGCAUCUUCAAGUUCUCGCGCCACUCACAGGGCCUGCGCAUCCUGGGCUACACGCUCAAGAGUUGCGCCUCAGAGCUGGGCUUCCUGCUCUUUUCACUCACCAUGGCCAUCAUCAUAUUCGCCACGGUCAUGUUCUACGCCGAAAAGGGCUCCAGCUCUAGCAAGUUUACCAGCAUUCCGGCAUCCUUCUGGUACACCAUCGUCACCAUGACCACGCUGGGGUACGGCGACAUGGUGCCAAAGACAAUAGCCGGAAAAAUCUUCGGAUCUAUCUGUUCGCUCAGUGGCGUGCUCGUGAUCGCCUUGCCUGUGCCCGUCAUUGUUUCCAACUUCAGUCGCAUCUACCACCAGAACCAGAGGGCAGAUAAACGCCGUGCCCAGAAGAAAGCUCGAAUGGCCCGUAUACAUUUAGCCAAGUCCGGCAGCGCCAACGCCUUCCUGCUGAACAAACGCAACGGACUCCUAAACGAAUUGCUGGAGCUGACGGGUACAAACACAGGUGAGCAGAAGCUGCCCAAGUCACCGUGUCUUUUAGAGAGCCAACACCACCAUCUGCUGCACUGUCUGGAGAAAACCACUGCUCAUGAGUUUGUAGAUGAGCAGUUAUAUCAGCAGAACUAUGUGGAAGCUGUGAUGCAGAGCUUCCCCGCCGCACGCAGAGAAUCCGUGAGUAGCCGUGACACAGCAACGCCGACCUGCUGCGGCCGAAGGUCCAAGAGGAACACGACCUUGCCCAUUGCCGCCCUGCAGCCCGGAGUCAACCAACAGGCCCCCUUGCAGGAGCUCAGCGCCAUCCACAUCCAGUGUGCUGAUAGACCAUCGCGCUCUACCAGUCGUUCAAAACUGAACCUGAAGUCGGACCAUGUCGGGAGGCUCAACUGUAAGGGCGGCCGAAUCACUACAGCCAUCGUCAGCCUCCCGUCACCCCCCGCCCUGACCACGCCAGACAGUGACAACCUCCGCGGUGCCCCCACUCGCAGGCCGCCGCACCCCUCCCCGGGGCCCAGCAUCCAGACCACGACCAGCUCGGCCAACGUCGUCAAAGUGUCGGCCCUGUGACGCUUUUAGCCGCGGAGACUUUUGUAAAUAUGUGAUGGACACAUUACAGUGGAGGCUUUGAGAGACACUGUGGUGCAAUUAGCACAUCAGUCCAGCGGGUGGCGCUGCUCAGCUUCUACAAAGUCUACUUCAUUAGUUCAAAGAAUGUUUUAUUGUCUAAAAAGUGUUGACUGUGUUGACUUGAAUUUAUGUGUGUGCGUGUGCGUGUGCGUGCGCGUGCGCGUCAUCAAAUGGCCUUUUCUUUGAAGCGCCUCUGCAACUAUUUCAUGGUAGGACCCCCUUUUCUCAUAUAAAGUACCGGUACCUGUUGUUCAGGUCAAAACUACAAGCCAAAUGCAUGAAACUGAGUCAAAUGUGUGGUUUAGUCCUUCCGUGUCUUCUACUUCUAUUGCUUCUUUUUCUUCUUUUUUAUUUUCACAUUCCAUUUGCAGUUUUGUAAAACUAUGUAUAUGUGGAACAACCCACUCAAUGAAUGUCCUGUCUGAACAAAAGUCGUGAGUUACUGUUGCAUCUACUGAAAGUCAAAAGGGUUUUUUUUUUCUUACACUGUUUCUUGUCAAUCCAAUUGAACCAGUAUAGGCACAAAAAAUACCUGUUCUAACUGGAUAUUGUUUAAGUGUGUGCGAGUGUGCGCGCGCGCGUGUGUGUGUCUUUGUGUGUGUGUGCGUGUGUGUGUGUGUGUGUGUGUGUGUGCGCGCGUGCAUCUCAUUGGCUACUGUCUGCGGCGCAAAAACACAACGAUUUCUAUUGGUCCAGAAUGGUGAUAUAAAGUGAGAAAAUGUGCAUAAUCUGUGAAGGGGCAUUUUGUGUUCCAUGUGUUUAUCGUCCCCCAAACAUCCAGAUUGUAUGUAUGUGUGUGUGUGUCAGGGUGGGGGGGCGGCUCACCUGUUUUCUGAGUUUUGGGCAGGUGACUUUCGGAAGCUCAGCUUUGAUUGGUCAUUACCUGAGCCAUCAUUCAUUCGACAUGAGCAAAAUGGCCGCCCCGAGAUGGAUAAAAACAAGUGGACUUUGCUGCUUAAGUGAUGUUCCACAAACAUAAUAUUAAUCAGAAUACCGUGUUUAGACCAUCGGCUGCAUGGAACAUUGUUCUAAAGAAAUGUUUUCAGUUGACUUCCCCAUUAAGGCCUUCUUCCUGAGGGAACAACAUAUUUAGCCAUGAAACGAGUAACUGAUUUGCUGUUGUGUCAGAGCCCGUUUUGUCAGUGUUCAGCACAAGUUUGUUUGAUUUCAUACAAAAAAGGUCAUUUUUAGUAUGAUUUCUAACUACGAGAAGACAAGUGACAUUGUUCAGUAUAAUUGGAUUCAUUUGUGUUGCAUUCCUGUGUUACGGUAGGAACUCGAAAGAGAGAAAAUAUUGUGACAAACUGCUUGAAAGUAACCCAAAUAUGAAACUACACGAUUGUUUUUGUAAAAUGCAGAAAAGUGAUUAAACAUCUGCUCGCCUGUCAUUUCUGUGAAAGUCUUGGCUUGGAUGUUUGUGCUGCUGCUGUUGUCUGUGUGGGUGGGUGGACAUGAGUGUGGGACCAUUAAAAUCUGCUGCAA